UGCCUGCCUGCCUGCCUGUUAUCAUCACCCGGCCGUGUCGAUCUGCUCCCCCCAAACAACACGGAUCCCCCUCCCCUGCGUCCCGGAGAAAGAGAGAGAGAGAGAGAGAGAGAAAAGUCUCCUCCCUUCACCUUCCCAUGGAUCUCCGCCUCGCCCACUAGGCGACGGGGGAGUGUUGGAGGGGGAUGGGGCUCCCCGGGCGGACGCCCUGGCUGCUGCUGCUGCUGCUGCUUCUCGGCCUCGCUUCGGCGGCCGUCGCCGUCGCCGCGGAAGCCUCCGAGGGCGACGCCGAUCCGCUCUACAAAGCUUGUGUUGAAGAAUGCCAAAAGACAGGCUCCCUGAAAGAUACUUCAAUUAAGCACUGUGUCGUGCCAACCGACGGCAAACCUGCAGUCAAAUCAUGGUACACGCACGAACCAUUGUACCUGCAAUGGAAAGAGUGGAACUGCAAGAGUGAAUGCAGAUACCACUGCAUGAUGGAAAGGGAAAAUGAAAGGACAGAGCUUGGCUUACCGCCUGUUAAGUAUCACGGCAAGUGGCCGUUGAAGCGUGCUUCUGUGUUUCAGGAACCUUUAUCUGCCGCUCUCUCUGCUUUCACUCUUGUUGUGCAAUUCAACGGGUGGUUAUCGUUUUUCCUAUUGCUUUACUAUAAGCUACCUCUACGGCCAGAAACUCAUAAGACCUACUAUGAGUAUACUGGCUUGUGGCACAUUUAUGGGCUUCUAGCCAUGAAUUCAUGGUUCUGGACUGCCAUAUAUCACAGUUGUGAUACUAUCUGGACGGAGAAGCUGCAUUUUUCAUCCGCUGCUGCCUUUCUGGGGUAUUCUCUCAUUUUUGCGAUAUUGCGAACUUCAAAUUUAAGAGAUGAAGCUUCUAGAGUUAUGGUUGCUGCUCCAAUUCUGGCUUUUGUGACAACCCACAUUUUAUACCUCAACUUCUACCAACUUGACAAAGGCCUGAACAUGAAGGUUUGUACUGUGAUAAGUAUUGUUCAGUUUCUUCUGUGGGCACUGUGGGCUGUCAUGACUCGGCAUCCCUCACGUCUGACGAUCAUAUUUUUUGCCAUUGGAGGCGUGGUUUCAGUAUUCCUGGAAGCUUAUGACAUCCCUCCACGAUGGGGAUAUGUUGAUGGUCGUGCUAUCUGCCUUGCUGUUGCUAUCCCCCUAUCGUACCUUUGGUGGAGCUUCGCCAAGGAAGAUGCUGAGAUGCGCACAUCAGCAAUCACAAAGAAGACACGAUAAUGAGCAAAUACUAUCUGCCAUCUGUGUGAUUAUUUUAUGUCUGCACCCAGCCUUUGUAAAGAUAAACGUUUCACGUGUAAUCUUAGGUAAUUUAGUAUGUGAAUUAUCAUCUAUUUUUUACCACGAUGUCUCUUGCCUUAGUUCAAAAGGCCAUAUGGUUGAAUUGGCCACUUCUAUUCUUUAAUUUAUAUAUAGCAACUGAACACUUGGUAGGAUCGUGUGUUCAUCUCCUAUAUUAUCAGAAAAUUGUUAAGAUGCUUUA